CCAUUCUACCUCCUCCUUCUCCUUCCCGCUCUCCUUGUUACCAUCCAUCCCUGUUCGCCUACCCCUUCUUGCGACAUUACUUUUCCGUUCUUUCUCUUUCUCCUCUUACUUCUCCCUCCCACGCCCGUUUCCAUCCCUCUCGUCAUACAUCUCCUCCUCUUCCUCGUUCUUCUUCUUCUUCUUCUUCUUCUUCUUCUUCUUCUUCUCCCACUUCUUACUCUUUACACUCUGUUCUCGCUCUUCUUACCCACCCUCUACAUUCUCCAGCUCCUCAUAAGUUCACUCGUUCUCAUUCUCUUUCUGCCUUCCACUCAGGCUCACUUUCAAUUGCUCAUUUCUUCUCAUCCAUCUUUCCCCUCUCCUUCCUAUCAAUUUCACCCCUAUCGUGAAACGGCAGGCCAGUUGUCAGCAGUCCACUAG